AUGCAAAUUUUCGUGAAAACACUCACCGGAAAAACAAUCUCUUUUGAAGUUGAAUCUUCGGAUACAAUCCAUAACGUCAAAGCUUCAUUAGCUUUAUUAAAUAAAUUGACAUCGGAGAACUUUGACAGCAUUUCUGAUCAAAUUAUUGAUUAUGCCAACAAAUCUCGCAACGAAAAGGAUGGUCGGACUUUAAGAACAGUCAUCCAACUCAUUUUACUCAAAGCAUAUGAUGAGUCUAAUUUCAGCCAGUUGUAUGCGCGGCUUUGUAAGAAGAUGAUGGAACGAAUUGAUCCGGAAAUCUUGGAUGAGAAUGUAAAGAGUCCACAUGGUAAUCAAUAUGUACAAGGUGGAACAUUGUUUAGAAAAUAUUUACUAAAUCGUUGCCAAGAGGACUUCGAAAAGGGUUGGAAAUUAAAUAUACCAGUACCUAGCAAUGAAAAAGGAGAGCCCGAUCUUUUAUCCGAUGAGUGUUACGACGCUCAGGAAACUAAACGUACAGGUCUCGGCCUAAUCAAAUUCCUUGGCGAACUCUUCAAGCUCACUAUGCUCACCGAAAGGAUCAUGCACGAGUGUAUAAAGAAACUGCUCUGUAACGCCUUAAAUCCAGAAGAGGAAGAGACGGAAAGUCUUUGUAAAUUGCUUACUACUGUUGGUAAGCAACUUGAUCAUCGAAGGGCUAAGGUACACAUGGACGUCUAUUUCAAUAGGAUGAAAACUAUGAGCAAUAAUCCUAAUUUGAGCAAUAGAAUAAAGUUCAUAUUACUGGAUGUCAUUGAACUCAGAAAUAACAAUUGGGUUCCAAGACGUAAUAAUGAUGCACCAAAGACAAUUGCAGAGAUCCAUGGAGAUGCUGCUAAACAGAAAGAGGAGGCUGAAUUCUUACGGCGGACAGCUAGAAGGGGUUUACCGAGACUCGACCAACAAUUAUCUCGACUUGGCUCAGGGCGACGGGAUACACGUGACAAAGGAACACACGGAGGAAAUGUUCCAGCUAACGCAGAUGGUUGGGGCACAAUUGGAAGCUCUUCAUUAGCAUCAAGAAAAACUGGUGAUUUGUCCAAAUUUGGCUCUGUUUCACGAAGUGAAGUGUCAGCAUCAAGAAAAACUGGUGAUUUGUCCAAAUUUGGCUCUGUUUCACGAAGUAAAGUGUCGGCAUCAAGAAAAACUGGUGAUUUGUCCAAAUUUGGCGCUGUUUCACGAAGUAAAGUGUCUGGUCUAAGCUUAGCUUCACAAGAGUCAUUCGCUGGUCUUGCUGGGGGAUCGAAAGGCUGGAAAACAGAUAGCCGAGAUCGCGAUAACAAGUCUUCGGUAACGAGUUCAGUUCUUGCCAUCACAAGUAGCACCAGUGUAUAUAACGUGUUAUCAUCACAUACCGAGAAUAUUGAAGGAAGGAAAAGUACAGAAGGUGCUUCCACCACUACCGAGUCUGCAAAGUUAGUUGAAUCAUCUUCAACUCUUAAUCCUCCACAAGAGCGAAGGAAAUUGCAGCUAUUACCAAGAUCAACUCAAGGAAAUACCCCCAUUAAAUCUACCGAUGCUCUUAUCAAGGAUACUUCAUCAACAUCUACGGUCUUGGAUGUAGAGGAGGUAUCUAAACACAUGAAAGAACUUCCUCCCCAAUACCUAUCAGAAGCGAUGCUAAGUUUCAUAAAUGAGAGCCUUUCCGAAUCAAAAACCAUGUUAGCCUAUCUUGAUGCUUUGAAGUCGGAAAUUGGGAAAGGAGCACUCGAGAGCAAAUUAAAAGACUCUUCCUUCACGAUAAAAACGAUCUUUCCUAAAGUUAUCCCAGAACAAAUUAGUAAAGUUUUGGACAAACGUGAACUCUCUAAAAUACGGAACAUCAAUAAAUAG